AUGGCCGGUAGUGCUGGAAUCACCCAACUGAUAGUGCGACAGGUUUUGGAAGCCAAUGCAAGCGCGGACUCCUUUGGCAAUGUGGCUGAUGGCCACUGGUACUCAUCAUCGUCGAAAGAUGGUCCUACGGCGUUGCAUAACGCUCUUCGAGACAUUGCGAAGUUUGAGGACUUUCCGCAGUUGUGGGAUACGCUGAGAGAAGGCAUAGCAAUCAUUGACAAAAGGGGAGUCACUGAUGAAGAGUCGAACACCGAGGAAGAUGAUGUCACUAACGAGGAAGAUUUCACUAAUGAAAAGGUUGCCACUCACAAAGAGGAGGUCAUUAGCGAAGAGAAGGUGAUUGGCGAAGAGGAAGUCACUGACGAGGAGGAGGCUAAUAACCAGGAGUGGAUCAUCGAUGAUGAGUAG